GUCUUGGACUUCCCACUGUGUCACACCAGCUUACUUGGACAUUAGCAAUCUUGGAUUACAUCGGACUCCGUACAAGCCGUUGGUGUUGCGUAUAUGAAUAUGUCAGCCAAUAAACAUCAGCUUGACAAGCCUUAUAUAAGUCAAUAUCUGGACGUCUCUGCCCUGAUCCCCAACUUGAAACAUGAGUUUAUGCAAACACUGCAUCCAAGGCGUUCGCCACGAGGGUGAGCCUCUGGGCAAACUUGAGACCAUCGCCGAUGUCGCUUGCUACGUCGCUACCCCUACUGUUGACUAUCCCAAGGAUAAAGUCAUCCUUUUCCUACCCGAUGUUUUCGGUAUCGAGCUCAUCAAUAACAAGCUUCUUGCAGACGACUUUGCCAAAAACGGCUACAAGGUCGUUGCGAUCGACUACCUGAAUGGCGGUUAUAUUCCUGCUGAUGCCAUGAACUCUCCCACGUUUGAUUUCAUGGGAUGGCUCUCCAAGCACGGCGCCGAACAGACACGCCCACCCCUCGAUAAGGUCAUCGCCGCACUCAAAGCGGAAGGCAUCACCAAGUUUGGCGCAACUGGCUAUUGCUUCGGCGGUCGUUACACUUUUGACCUUGCAUUUGAAAACAUCAUCCAGUGCGCCGUAGUCUCCCACCCCUCUCUCUUGAAGGUUCCCGAAGACCUCGAGACGUUCUUUUCCAAAUCAAAGGCUCCUCUCCUGAUCAACUCCUGCGAAGUCGAUCAGAUGUUCCCUGUCGAAGCUCAAGCAAAGGCCGAUGAAAUCUUUGGGAAUGGGAAGUUCGCCCCAGGGUACAAGCGCGAGUAUUUCCCUGGUUGCACGCAUGGGUUUUCUGUACGUGGGGAUAUGAGCAACCCGCUGAUUAAAGCUGGGAAAGAGGGAGCGUUCAAGGCUGCCGUGGAAUUCUUCCUGGAGCACCUAUAGUCUGAGACUCUUACGUGUGUGGUAUAAUUGAAUCCAAAUUCAAAUUUAAUGUAUAAUCUCAAAUACAAAACUAAGACUGGUCACGU